AUGGCAGCGAGACAAAUGGAAGAGAUACAGAGGAAGCUGGCGAUGCUGAAUUACUCGAGAGCCAAUGCGCCUGCUCAGUCUCUCCUCUUCGCCGGCAUGGAACGCUAUGCUCUUCUCGAAUGGCUGUUCUUCCGCUUGUUGGGGGACAAGUCACCCUUUUCUCAACAGAGUCUUCAAGGGGACGCCAUGGAUCGUGACGAAGAGACUGCUCGCAUCCAAUAUUUGGCAGAGAUUGCAAAGUUUUUGGGUAUUACUACUACUGUAGACACAGAAGUUAUCCAAGGACGAGGAAGCUAUGAAGAUCGCACUGAAAUGCUUCGUCUUAUUGUAGAUCUUGUGGAGGCGAGCAUUUAUGCUGAUAAUCAAGAAUGGAGUAUCGAUGAGCAGGUAGCGAAGGACAUACAACUGAUUGAUUCCAUUGCUGAAAGACAAGCUCAAAUAUUCUCCGAGGAGUGCAAAUUAUUCCCUGCUGAUGUUCAAAUUCAGUCCAUAUAUCCAUUGCCUGAUGUUUCUGAAUUGGAAAAAAAGCUUUCAGAACAAUCAAAGAUACUCUUAAGUCUUCAACAGAAGGUUGACGAUUUGGCAUCAAAGCAUGCAUACAACCCAGAUGAGGAUUAUGCUGAGGUGGAGUCCAGAUUGCGUGCACAUUUGGAAUCUUUCCUAGAAACUGCAAGAUCAUUCAACACGAUUUACACUAAGGAAAUACGUCCCUGGACACACAUGAUGGAGGUACCCCAGCUCCAUGGGUUUGGGCCAGCUGCCAAUCGCUUGUUAGAGGCAUACAAGAUGCUUUUAAAGUUCCUAGGGAACUUGAGGAAUCUUAGAGACUCCCACGCAGCUCUUGCCGUCGGAUCAUCUGACUCAGUUGCGGGUGAGCCCUCGUCUGUCACGAGAAUAAUCUCUGAAUGUGAAUCUGCAUUGACAUUCUUAAAUCGUGACCUUGGAAUUCUCUCGGCUUCCAUUGCUCGCGAGCAAGGUGGGGAGGUGAAUUUAUAA